GUGCCUAUUCUUAUUCUUAUUCUAUUACUACUUUUAUUAUUAUUAUUAGUAUCCUAGUUGUGUUGUUACUAUAUCUAUCUCCUUGUCCUUUUUUGUGUGUUUAGUUGGGUUGUACGUCUCUGCUAUUAUUAUUAUUAUUGUUUGCCUUAUCUAGAACUCCUAUCUUCUCCCCGAGUGUAUCCUACAAUUUCCUUACCAAAAGUUCACUCCUUCACAAACCAUGCCUUAUAAUACUCGUCGAAAGUCACUGUCGCUUCCGUCACUGGGGAUUCACCUCCCUAGUGCCUCCCGCCGAUCCCCGUCGGCCUCGAAAUCGCCACACGCGACCGACGAGCAACUGCCUCCCUCCAAGAAAGUAAAGAGGUCGCACGACUCGUCUUCGCUAUCUCCAGAGCCUACCUCGGUGUCGAUAUCGACAGCGAAGGAGCAGUUGCCUGUACGUUCGGCUGGUCGGCGCGGGGCGUUUGAACAAACGCCACCCCCAUCGCCUAUCGAUGGAAGUGUCGCGCCCAAGAUCGACACGGAGGGUAUCAACGAUGAUAUUGUGGUCGGCGUGAUUGAGCAGUUGGAGAAGACAGGCAAUCGUCCGCAUCUGGUGAAAGAGCUCGCAGCCGUCCUAGUGACGCUCAAUGAAAAUGUCGCAAACUCCGCCAAUCCCGCCGCGCUCCUUUCUUCCCGGUUGAGCACAUACAUGAAGCGUCCGUGGACAGCGCUCGCACCGUGUCCUCUGGCGAAGGAGCUGAUUCCAGUUCACCCUCGCAAAGUGUAUUACUACUUGACAACACUACCCCGCCAGCCUCUUCCUGAGAACUCGGACGAUAUCAUCCCGGGUGUAGAAGGAAAGAACAUCACUCCCAGCGUAUCUAGCGCUGACCUAGACGAGGAAGACGCGUUGGCGCGGGAACGAUCGCGCCUCAGCCCAAGCCCUGAGGUGGAUCUGUCUCCCCCCGACUUCGAGGAAGAGAAUAUUGAUCUGGAUGCUCGCGAUGAUAGCGUGGCGAGACAAUGUGCGACUGAUUUUGACCAUCAGCAUGCGCGCCUCAUGCACUCGAACCGGGCCGCUUCUCCUCCGUUGGAGGGUGACGAGAAGGAAUUCACUCAAACUGCCAGCGCCGUUCGCGAGCGGGCCUCGGAGCAAAAAGCAAACCAGCUCGGAAAGGCCAAAAGUCUCUUCUCGGCCCUUUCAGAGGGGCUUAGCGAACUGGACGAUGGGGCCAUGAGCAUCGCUGGAACUCCCGUCGAAGAUAGUCCGCUCUCGUCAAUUAAUGGGGACCGCAUGUCCGAUAGCCCGGAUGGUGACUACUUCUCCCAUGGAAGCGAAAUGGAACAGCCUUCCCUACAGGAGCAGUUGCAACAACAGCAAGACCUCGAUGAGGCAGCCGCGGUUGCUCUGUUUGGCACUUCCCCCUCCCCAUCCCUCACGUCCGUGGCCUCGUCAAUCUCGUCUGGCACGAGUGUGGCUUCGGACGACGGCUUGGAUGUCGAGGCGAACCCCGAGGGUAUGGCAAGCACACCGCAGAUCAGUCUCCCCGAAGACCUUAUCAUCGCACCUGUCUCGGCAAUGAAGCGGUCCAUUGAUAUGCUCAACAGCGGGGUUCCGGAUCUCGAUAUGAAGAUGUCGGAUCUGGUUGAACAGGACAGUAAGAUGUCUCUGGCCCCUAGGGCCAUGGCAGACACAGAUGUUGAGAUGGUCUUCGAUUCCUGGAGAGAGUUGCAGAAUCCCGAGAGUGUCGAUGUCCACGAGCUCGAUGAGAUGUUCGGAGAGAUCUGAGCAGAGCAUGCGACGUAGCUUACGCGCAUACCGCAAUCGAUAGACCUGGGGGCGCUUGGAUUUGCUUUUUCUCUAGACUUUGACGCCUGGUUCGGAAUUGCGUUCAUCUCCACUCUCGCCUCGUUGCCAUUAUGCCUUGGCUCUACAACCUUUCGCUCCGCCUUACCUGUCUUCCUCUUACUCUAAUCUUGUACAGCUUCAUCUGAUAAUGCGUGUUUCUGAAUUUCGUUUCACCUCUUUUGGCCAGUGGGCCUUUAUUACCUGUACAUAUAUUGUCGCCCUGUCUUGUUUUUUUUUUGUUUGCAUAUCUCUCUUAUCUGUGUUACUUUAAUAUCCCCUGACUG